AUGAGAGGCAGGCUAUGUUGUGAGGCGCACGCAUUUGUGGAGCCUUGGGAAAUGCUGGUCCCCCCUCUCGUCCCUUCCUCCCAUGCGCCUCUCCUCCCCCCUCUCGUCGAAAAGCAUUACGUUGCUUCUGCACAGCUACUAUGGCGAGCGCGCAUCGGCCAUUUGGUGCUACCAGCAUCCUCACAAGCCAGCCGCUUCUCAGCCCCCCUAGCGCCUGCAGCAUGCGUGCCUGAGGAUUCGGGCGACCGCCUGAUAAGGCGCAGUUGUAGCGGGGACGGCGGAAUCUCUCACCUGCGCCGCAUCAUCGAGCGCAUCGUAGAGCGGCGGGGGACCGGCGGCGGGGGCGGCGGAACGAUGAUGCGGAAGGUGGUGCGGCGGGCUGAGUGGGAGGCGCGCAUGGACGCGGCGGCGGUGCGCGCGGAGGACAUGAACAAGCUUGUAAUGAAUUACCUUGUAACGGAGGGCUACGUGGACGCGGCGCGCAAGUUCGAGAUUGAAUCCGGGACGAACCCGGGCGCGGACCUGGGGGCGGUGGCAGAGCGGAUGGCGGUGAAGCAGGCGGUGCAGCAGAUUGGGCACCAGAUCGGGCGCGGACCUGGGGGCGGUGGCGGAGCGCAUGGCAGUGAAGCAGGCGGUGCAGCGGGGGACGUGGAAGACGCCAUUGACCGGGUCAACGACCUUAACCCCGAGAUUCUGGACACGGGCGCGGGGGUGUUCUUCCGCCUGCAGCAGCAGCGCCUCAUCGAGCUCAUCCGGGCCGGCCGGGUGGAUGAGGCGCUUGAAUUCGCUCAGGAGGAAUUGGCUCCCCGGGGGGAGGAGAACGCGGCUUACCUGGAGGAGCUGGAGCGCACGGUUGCCCUGCUGGCGUUUGAGGACCCUGCCACGUCAGCACCUGCCACGCUGACAGAGCUGCUGGACGUGAGUCAGCGCGACAAGGCGGCCGCUGAGCUCAAUGCUGCUAUCCUGGCGAGCCAGGGCCACGAGAAAGAUCCAAAGCUACCGAGUGUGCUGAGGAUGCUGCUGUGGCUACAAGGGCAGCUGGACGGCAGAGUGUCAUACCCCAAAGUCACCGACCUUACCACUGCCGUCCUGCACGACCCUCCCGCGCUUUAA